UUUUUACCAUUUUUACAUAAUUAUAACAUUUUGUCUUUUUAUAAAGCGAAAGCGGAUGAAAAGUUUAAAGGAAAUUACUUUAAAAAAAAUUAGAGAAUAUCGAAAAGUUUCGAUAAGUGAAUCGAUUUAAUAAAAGAAUAAAAAGAAGGUGGUACACGUCCAGAGACAUCCAGGUUAUGUGCACGAGUGGAAGACUGCAAACAAUUUGAGAUUUUUCAUUUAUUCAUUGAUAAAACAUUCAAUUUCGUAAUUUCUCAGAGAUUUUCGAAGUAUUUUUUUGCAGUGAGUACUUUUUUAAACCUGCGAUAUUAACAAUAAACUAACAAGAAGAAAAUACGGUUUCACCAUGGCUCAAAUCGGUAACGUGUCAGCUGAGCAGUUGAUGGUUGGUUCGAGUAUUCUGUCCAGACCUGCAGAUGAAUUUGGAAAUGAUUCUUCUGUCGAGUUCAUGUGGGCGACGAAAGCUUUCGAGCAUGCUGAAAUUUAUUUCAAUAUCUUAUGCUCAGUAGAUCCAAAACUACUAAGACUGACCCCUCACGACGAUCUAAUUUACAAAACCUUUCGAGAAACUUUCUCCGACCUUAAAGUCGAUGUGAUAAACGAGGACGAAUUAAAAUCUGAAGAGCAAAAAAAGAUCUGGAGGCCCUUCUGCGAACAAUUCAAGGGCGUUGUUGAAGACUACAGUUUUGGAACUCUUCUCAGAUCAGAUUGCAACCUUGAUUAUUCUGAAACUAACAGUAUAUUAGUCACUAGAAUACAAUUCUACGCUGUAGAACUAGCGAGAAACAGAGAAGGCCUCAACGAUGGAAUCCGAGAGAAGUUCAAGCCAAAAAAGAUCACAAUCGAUGUGAACAAGUCUUGAAAAAGUCAACCAGAUCCCUCGACAUUGACAUAUAUUUUUUUUACUGUAAAUCACAACUCCAAAUUUCGCACUCGUAUGUAAUAUAAGACUCGUAUAUUUUGUACAAUUAUUAAAAUUAACAUUAUAUACAAACU